CUUUCUUUUCGCUGACGUGGCUGGAGGAACAGUGCUGGACCAGAUCAUGAAAUUUGCCCGUAUAAAAUCGCAAUCAUGAAGUAUUUUGUAGCUGUAACUGCGUUAAUUUUAGUUUUUUGCAGAGAAACACAAAGCGAUGAACAUACUCACAAGUACGAUGACAAUGAAGAGGUAGUGCUAUGGAUGAAUACUGUGGGUCCGUACCACAACCGACAAGAGACGUACGCCUAUUUCUCCCUCCCGUUCUGCGCUGGUCCCAAGACAUCGAUAGGCCACUACCACGAAACGCUAGGAGAAGCUCUCCUAGGUGUAGAGCUGGAAUUCUCUGGACUCAAUAUCUUGUACAAAGCUAUGGUGCCCAAGACUCCAUACUGUGAGGUAACGUUGGACAAUGCGAAACUGCAGGCCUUCAUCUAUGCUGUGAAAAACCACUACUGGUACCAGAUGUACAUUGACGACCUUCCCAUAUGGGGCAUUGUCGGGGAGGUGGAUGAGUCGGACAAUAACUACUACAUCUGGACACACAAACGGUUCGAUAUCGGCUACAACGGGAAUCGCAUCAUUGACGUCAACCUCACCAGUGAGGUGAAGACAAAGCUGACGGUCAACCAGAAGUUGACUUUUACCUAUGAGGUGAAUUGGAAGUCAUGCGGUGUGAAGUUCGAAGACAGGUUCGACAAAUACCUGGAUCCCAGUUUCUUCCAACACAGAAUCCACUGGUUCUCCAUCUUCAACUCGUUCAUGAUGGUAAUCUUCCUGGUGGGUCUGGUGAGCAUGAUCCUCAUGAGGACACUUCGCAAGGACUACGCCCGCUACAGCAAGGAUGAGGAGAUGGAUGACAUGGUGGGCAAUACGUGGCUUGUGGUGAAAGUGGAGAGGGAUCUUGGGGACGAGUAUGGCUGGAAACAAGUGCACGGUGAUGUGUUCCGACCACCGACGCACGCACUUCUCUUCUCUGCCGUGAUUGGCUGCGGUCACCAGCUGGCCGUCGUCGUGCUGUGUGUGGUCACUUUUGCCAUUAUGGGAGAGCUGUAUACUGAGCGGGGCUCACUUUUGAGCACGGCUAUUUUCGUCUACGCGGCAACAUCGCCCAUCAACGGCUACUUUGGAGGUAGCCUGUACGGACGGAUGGGAGGAAAGAAAUGGAUCAAACAGAUGGUUGUGAGUGCGUUUGCACUGCCCUGCAUGGUGUGUGGCACAGCAUUUCUCAUCAACUUCAUCGCCAUCUACUACCAUGCUUCCAGAGCUAUUCCAUUUGGAACAAUGGUGGCUGUGACGUGCAUCUGCCUGUUUAUAAUCCUGCCCCUCACCCUGGUAGGCACGGUGCUGGGUCGUAACUUGGCUGGCCAGCCCAACUUCCCAUGCAGGGUGAACGCGGUGCCACGCCCCAUUCCAGAGAAGAAAUGGUUCAUGGAGCCCUCCGUCAUUGUGGUCCUUGGGGGCAUUCUGCCUUUCGGAUCCAUCUUCAUCGAGAUGUACUUCAUCUUCACCUCCUUCUGGGCAUACAAGAUCUACUAUGUGUAUGGGUUCAUGCUGCUGGUGUUCCUCAUUCUCACCGUUGUCACCGUAUGCGUCACCAUUGUCUGCACCUAUUUCCUCCUAAAUGCGGAGGACUACAGAUGGCAAUGGACUAGUUUCCUCGCUGGCGGCUCAACAGCAGGAUAUGUGUAUCUCUACUCCUUCUACUAUUACUUCUUUAAGACAAAGAUGUACGGCCUGUUCCAAACAGUCUUCUACUUUGGAUACAUGGCACUCUUCAGUCUUGCUCUCGGGAUACUGUGUGGCACCUUCGGUUUCAUUGGAACCAACGCCUUUGUGCGAAAAAUCUAUUCCACCGUCAAGAUCGACUGAGCGACCCUCGUCGUCACUUUCCGCGGUCAAAGAUCAACGAAGAUGCGGCGGUCUUUUUUUUUUUUUUUUUUUUUUCAAAGUGGGAACAUGAGGGGGGGGGGCGGAACUGGUCGAAGGAGAAACUUUAGUCUUUGCAAGUUUGGAAGAUGGGAGGAGGGCAACGUUGUGUCUGCAACAGGGGCACACCCCUGAAAUUUCCCCAGCAAGAGUGCAUCUGAGCCUGUGUGUGUGUGUGUACUGCAGAGACUCAUUGCUGUUUAUUUAUGUUUUCUUUUUCUUUUUUUUUUUUGUACCCACGCUUGUUGUGAUCACCAUCACCGAACGACAUCUUUGUCCGAAAAGAGGCAGUGUGUCAACAGGUACCUUUUUAAAACUACCGCUAUUGCUGUUAUUAUUCUUGGGGUCUACUUGUAGAUACAGAUUCAUUCCCGGUUGAGUGGGGACAGGGAAAUGUGCACUUCUUCAUUUUUUUUUUUUUAUAAUUAUCGCGUGAAAUAUAAUCAAGUUUGUACGAAAGUCAGUGACGUCUGCAUCUCUCUUGUACAUACGUUGUGGGCAGGCACCAAUAACUAGACAUGUAAAAAAAAGUAUUAUCUCCUGCCAUACGCUUCUGUUUUUGUUUUGUUGUGGAUGUACAUAGGUUUUGCGAUAGCCAUUGGGCAUGGAUGCACAUGGAUCUAGGAGAGUUUGUGAUCGCGUGAUCGGUCAGUCGAUUUCCUUCGAAGUCACUACAGUGCUGCGGAACAUUUUUUGGGAAAGAAUUUAGCGAAAUCUGUUGUAAGGGCAUUGCCUCUUUUUUGGUCCCGUAGUGGAGCAGGUAUGUACCAGUUCUGGCACUGAGGCAUGAAUAAAAGUGAAUAAUAAUUGA